AACUAGACUUGUUCACAGACACAUUGACGCGACAGAUUCUGCUGUUCAGCGCUCACUGAUUGGCUGAAUCCUUAAAGCUGCACACAUUAGUAGGAGUAGGAAGGAGUUUCGUUUCCGCGGACUUCCCCUCCUCUUGUCAGUAAAUGCUACCAGGAAAUACAGAGUUUAAAAAUGAAACUCUCAUACACACACACACACACACUGCUCAACUGGACUACAUUAUACACUGACAGAAGAAGCUUUACGGAUAACAUGUCAGCCGCUCUUUGUGCCUUUAUCCUGACGUGUUCAGCACUGUGCGGAUCCACAGUGGUGUCAGGAGUCCUCAGUAAGCCCACUAAUGUCCGCUUGACCUCUCAUGACAUGAAUCUGGUGCUGAGGUGGGAGUCAAAGGAACAGCCAGCUGGCCUGGUCUACACAGCUGAGUACAAACCAUCAUUGGCAGACUACAGAGUGGGCUGUGUGAACAUCUCCACCCUUGAAUGUGACUUCACCUGCCUCAACAUCUCCAUAUUUCAGUACGGAAAGUAUACAGGCAGAGUGCGGGCGCAGUCGGGGUCAGAGACCUCCGUCUGGGUUGAAAGUAAUCAAACUACCUUGGAUAAAGACACCAUUAUCAGUUCACCCAAUGUCUCUCUCUUCUCCAAUGGGGCUACUAUCGAAGUGAGCAUUCAAGAUCCCAUCUUCGCGAUCUCUGCACUCAGGGAAGUUUACAACUCGGCCACCUACAAUAUCACCUACUGGCAGGACGGCCAGAAACAAAAGGCCAAAAGCAUCAGCAACAUCCAGCAAAGUUGGGUUGUUCUCAAUGACCUGGAGCCCUGGACCAAGUACUGUGUCCAAGUCCAAAUCAAAACAGGGAGAAACGCUGACACCAACCUCAGCAAGCCCAGCUCAGCUGUUUGUGAGAGCACCACUGUUGAAGAAGAGGCUCCGUGGGUGCCAGCCGUGGUGACAUUUGUCGUCAUGGCAAUGGCAGUGGCUCUGGUGGUGGUAGCAGUGUUGUAUCGGAAACGUAUAUUCCACUUUCUCUGUCCAAAAGAUGCACUGCCUCAGCACUUUAAAGAGGACCUGCUGGCAUGUCCCAACUCGUCUAUGUAUAUAGCCAUGGGUAACCCCCAUCCAGCUGAGGAGAUCUACCACCAGGUCAUCAUCAUGGCAGACAGCAGGACUCUAGCGGAGGGGCGCCCUCUGGAGUCAGCAGGGCAGCCUGACACCACAUAGACAUAGAAAGACGAGUGAAAGGUGGAAAAACAUAGAAGCGAUGGAGAAGAACCGAUCUGCAGUCAGUUGGGACUGUUAGAGAUUAUCAGCAGGGACACUGAAAGACACUGAAAUAAUCGAUUCUUGCUUAACUUCAGAGUUUUAAUGCAACCAUCACUGCAGCAGUGCCAUAUUGAUUCCGUCACUGUGAAGUGGUUAGAUGGCAGAGGCACAGAGACGUGUUGGUACAGGAAUGAUGCCUCAUCCAAGUGAUGUUGUUUUUGUGCUGUACAGUCGUAAAGCUGCUCACAGUAUUACCACAUGCUGUACGUAACAGAAGGAACAUGGCCCUCACCAAAGUAUUUAUGCUGCCAUGAUACUAUAAGAUCCAUCAGUUUUAUCAGGUAUGAUUCUGUAUUAUCUAAGUAUUGAUGUGGACAUCAAAACUGCAUAAUCUGCCGUUUAAUGGGCAUCACAUUUUGUCAAGCAGUCAUAGUUUUAAUUUCCCUUAUUGUGGAAAUAUGAAGGUUUUCCUAAUGAAAAUAAAUUCAGUGGUGAUAGUUCAGAGAAGUGAAAGUGUGUUUGUCUCACACAGGCGUACAGAGCAGUGAGCCAUGUGCUUGUAGAAGGAACCAGGCAAAUCUGACACAAUGUCCAGCUCAAAGGUUUACACAUUAUUGUUGUACUCAGUUCAACGUAAAUAAAGUCAUUAUUUGAACAUGUGCUACAAAUUGGUAUGUUUCAUUCUGACAAACAAUAUAUACAUAACUUAUUAAAAAUUUGUUCAUGAUAUGGAACGCAAAUAAAUGAGCUGUAUUUCUUAAACGUGAGGGGGAGAAUGUGUGAUAUUGUAUUGCAAGCAUCGUUGAAUUUUUAUAUGUUCACUCAUUAUGUAUUCUUUACACUUAAAGAUCACAAUCUAAUGUUAAUACUAAUUUGUGUUAUGGUUUUUCCACCAAAAGAAGUUCAGUUACCUCAUUAAAAAUGCCAUGCCUUCCCCCUCAUUAAAAAGUCCAGAAUCUA